AUGGCCACCAUCACCUCUGCCGCUGUCGCUAUCCCAUCUUUCACCGGCCUUAAAGCCGGUGCAACCGCAGCUAAAGUUAGCGCCACAGCGAAGGUUGCAGCCUCUCCAGUCCCAAGGGUCAGCAUCAAGGCCUCCCUCAAAGACGUCGGUGUUGCUGUUGCGGCAACUGCUGCAAGCGCAAUCCUUGCCAGCAAUGCCAUGGCCAUUGAAGUCUUGCUCGGCAGUGACGAUGGGGGUCUGGCUUUCAUUCCCCAAGAAUUCAGCGUAAGCCCAGGGGAGAAGAUUGUGUUCAAGAACAAUGCCGGAUUCCCACACAAUGUUGUGUUCGAUGAGGACGAAAUCCCAAGCGGCGUCGACGUAUCCAAAAUCUCCAUGCCUGAAGAAGAGCUACUCAAUGCCAAAGACGAGACUUACGCUGUUACCUUGACUGAGAAAGGAACCUACAGUUUCUACUGUUCUCCUCACCAGGGUGCAGGUAUGGUUGGAAAAGUCACAGUUAACUGAGUUAUACAUUUAUCUUUUCAACCCCUUUGUGCUUUGUAUGUAUCAUCUCACACAUCUCUUCUACUUUUUGAGCACUAGAGUUUCGAGUAUUGGGGAUGGAUGAGGUGAUAUUGAAAAAUCAUCUAUGAUGCUUUUGUAUCUUCGUAUCUUGUACUUUAAAUUUGUCUCAUAUUUGCUUGUAAUCGGAUUUCAGUUUUACCCUUCAA